UCCAAAAAGAAUUUCCAGCGCUAACCUUGGGUACACGCAGCAGUUAGCUUAUUCCUCAAGAAAAUGUAUCAACCACCGGACUGGUCAAAUUCCGGGGAUCAAGCAAGAAUAAUACUAUACAAUAUAUAUAUAAAAUACAAAAUUCCCAGAUCAAAGAAUUUUACUUUUUAGUGUUAAAAUUAAGAUAGAGUAGACAAAAUCCAAAGUGAUGGUCCUUCCAUUAUUGAAGUUAGGGACACUUGCUUUGAGAACUUUGAGUAAACCCAUUGCUGCUAGGCUUAAGAAAGAAGCUGGGUUGCAUCCCAAAUUCCGUAAUUUCAUCAUCAGCAUUGCCCAGGCGAAUCACCGGAUAACAACAACCAUGCAAAGACGGAUAUAUGGCCAUGCAACUGAUGUUGGAAUAAGACCUUUGAAUGAAGAGAAAGCGGUUCAAGCCGCUGUUGAUCUUCUGGGGGAACUUUUUGUUUUCUCGGUCGCAGGUGCUAUUGUUGUGUUUGAGGUGCAAAGGAAUUCUCGGUCAGAGGCUAAGAAGGAGGAACUUCGUAGGCAAGAAAUGGAGAAAUUGAGACUACGAGAUGAAGCAUUGGAAAAGGAGAUAAAGGGCCUUCAAAGCAAAAUUCAAGAGCUGGAACAGCUAGCUAGGGGAAAGGGACUUGCUGGUAUGUUCAAUUUCAGAAUUCCUCAUAUUGGAGAAGGCAAGUCAGCAACACCAGCAUGAUUUGUUUGCUCAGUUUUGGCUACAUAGGAAUCAUUUUUUUUUCUUUUCAUUCUUUUGAUCCAAGUCCUAUUUGGCUCAUUUUUUUAAAAGCUCGGUCUAAGCUUCUAUCCGCUCACUGUAAAUAAAGUUGAAUCUUAAAUUAGCCGUUGUUUAUGAAAGUUUUUGAAUGCUAAAUUUGGUGAAAUUAGCCUAAA